UGGGGAGCACCCCGGCUCCACAUCCUGCCCCGCAAAAGGCAGCUUCACCAAAGUGGGGUAUUUCCAGCUUUGUGGCUUUCACUUCCACAUCUACCAAGUCGGGGGGAGUGGCCUCCUGUGGACGAAUCAGGUUUCUCCCCAGCACCAACUUUAAGAGGUGAGCCAGGGGUUCAGGGUCCCAUAUACACAGCAGCAGCAGCAGCAGCAGCAGCAGGAACUGUUGGGAAGAUCAGAAGCCAGAGUCAUGGACGACCAGCGCGACCUUAUCUCCAACAAUGAGCAACUGCCCAUGUUGGGCCAGCGCCCUGGAGCCCCUGAGAGCAAGUGCAGCCGCGGAGCCGUGUACACAGUCUUCUCCAUCCUGGUGGCUCUGCUCCUGGCUGGCCAGGCCACCACCGCCUACUUCCUGUACCAGCAGCAGGGCCGGCUGGACAAACUGACGGUCACCUCCCAGAACCUGCAGCUGGAGAAUCUGCGCAUGAAGCUUCCCAAGCCUGCCAAGCCUUUAAGCCAGAUGCGCAUGGCCACCCCACUGCUGAUGCAGGCGCUGCCCAUGGCGGGCCUGCCCCAGAAGCCCAUGCAGAAUGCCACCAAGCAUGGCAACAUGACGGAGGACCAUGUGAUGCACUUGCUCCUGAAUGCUGACCCCCUGAAGGUAUAUCCGCCGCUGAAGGGGAGCCUCUCAGAGAACCUGAAACACCUUAAGAACACGAUGGAGACCAUGGACUGGAAGGUCUUUGAGAGCUGGCUGCACCAUUGGCUCUUGUUUGAAAUGAGCAAGCACUCUCUGGAGCAAAAGCCCACUGAGGCUCCACCAAAAGCACUGACCAAGUGCCAGGAAGAGGUCAGCCACAUCCCUGAUGUCCACCCGGGUUCGUUCCGUCCCAAGUGCGACGAGAACGGCAACUAUCUGCCACUCCAGUGCUAUGGGAGCAUCGGCUACUGCUGGUGCGUCUUCCCCAACGGCACAGAGGUCCCCAACACCAGAAGCCGCGGGCACCAUAACUGCAGUGAGUCACUGGAACUGGAGGACCCAUCGUCUGGGCUGGGUGUGACCAAGCAGGAUCUCGGCCCAGUAGCCAUGUGAGAACGGCAGAGGUGGUCUCCAGCAUCCCACUGGCCCUGCACAGCCACAGCUUUCUUGCUCCCUUUGGCCCCCAGCCCCUCCCCCAUCUCCCACCCUGUACCUCAUCCCAUGAGACCUGGUGCCUGGCUCUCCGUCACCCCUGGACAUGACAAACCAAGUCGGAACAGCAGAUAAUGAUGCAGGAGGGCCCUGCUGCCCAAUCUCCAUUUGUCAACAGGGGUGUGAGGUCCCAGGAGGUAGCCAGAAGCUAGACAGACAUCACAGCAGCCUCUGACACGGGGCUCCGAGAUCUAGGCCCAUGAAUGAGGUGGGAAGGCACAGGGAGAAGGGAUAACCCUACCCCCAGACCCCAGGCUGGACAGGCUUGCUGUUCUCUCCCCUCUGGCCUUCGGCCUCAGCUUUCCUAGCCUAUCUACCUGUAGGCCAAGCCACUCUCUUCCCUUUCCCCUCCAUCACUCCCCAAGAAAGAGCCAAGAUUCCCUACCCAUAAUCCUUUCUGCUGACCCCUGGUUCCCUCUGCUCAGUCGAGCUUGUCAUCAGCUCUCAGGGCCAUAGCUCAUGUUAGAAUAAAAAGUAGUAAGUAGAAA